UAUUUUUAUAAAUUAUUUAUUUUUUAGGAGAAUUUAUUAAAAGAUAUUGAUGAUGCUGAUCAAGAUAUUUUGGGGCGUGCUUUUAUAAAGUCAUCUAAAGCAAGACCCUUGAAGCAUUCUAAUUUGCUCGUUUUUCCUACAUGCUUUGAAGAUCAUUGGUUUGUUUUUAUCGUUGAUAUUAAGGAUAAGAAAUAUGUCAUGCUUGACUCUUAUUAUAAGGAAACUGAUGAAUUUCAAGAAAUCGUUCGUGAAAGAAUGAGAGAUUCUUUUGAGCAUCAUUGGAAAAAAAUUCUUGGUUUCGAGAUGGGAUUUGAUGACUAUGAUUUCAUGUAUCCAGUAGUACCCGAGCAACCUCUUGAUAACAACUCUGAUUCUGGUAUAUAUGCUAUGAUGUUUAUUGAGCAUUGGACAUCCCCACGCACUUUGCUUACAUCUGUUUUCACGUCUGAGGACAUUCCCAACAUCAGAAUAAAGAUUGCAAAUGAUUUGGUAUUUCAACCUAAGAAUACAGGCAUGAAACAUCGUGUUACUCAUUUUAAUGCUGAGGAUGCUUAAUUGAUGCCCCAAAUUUUGAUGCUCAUCUGUUAAAGAUCUAAACUCAUACCCAUUCUGAAGAUAGAAAUCUCAAUUACAACCAGUAGCUAUCAUAUACUCUCUGCUGUAAUAGGAUAGAAAUAGUACUUUGCUUAGUCUAUUACAUAUGUUGUAAUAUGAUAUAAAUAGUACUCUGCUGAGUCUAUUACAUAAUGUUCUUAAACUGGUCCAUUCAUAUAAUACAUUACUACUAAACUCUGGUUUUCUUCA